AUGCAGAUCUACCAAGCGUGUGGCAAGGUUCUCUUGGCAAUCAGCCGUGCUGCAGCUGACAGCUCCUGCAGCUUGCCUGGUUUCCAGGAGCAGAAGGCACCGGUCCUCCUCCAACUCGCUGCCUCCGCGAGCGCACGAAGUGCCGAGGGAUCUCUGACAGACCGCCUCUUUGUAGCUGGUGAUGCUGCCGGGCGCGGGGCGACACAGCUUGGCCCACCGGCCAUUGCGAUGUCGGCCAUUGCAUUGGCGCAGCAGCUCCUUUGGGGCCGGCACGAGGAGCUGCAAUCCCCAAGGCUUCUGCUACAGAUGCAGGAGGAGGUUCAAGACCAUGUGGUGACCUCGCAGCCGACAUCUGCGGGCUCCGACACCGCUCUGGCCCUGUCGGUCAUUGUUGGUGUGGCAGCACUGGUUCUUGCCAUUACCAUUGUGGCCUGCCUGGUCACCUACCAGCCCAAGCCAGAUUACAGCGAUAACGAGCAGGCUAUCCUAAGAACGAGUCUGCAGCAGCAACAGCAGGAGAGGAUGAGGCUCGAAGCAAGGCAAGAAGCAUGUGCGUGCUGA